GUCUUGGAACAACCUUCCAACUAAUUUUCAACGCGUCGAGCCAGGAGUGGUCUUGCAGGAAACUUACACUACUCACAAUGUUCCAAAGCGCACUUCGGUCAUCUCUUUCGCUCCACAGGAGCACUGUUUCCAGCAGUCUAAGGUCGCAGACAUUCCGUCGAUUUCUAUCUCAAGACUCUCGCGCAAAAAUACAGGCUGCAGUGACCGAAUACCCUGUGGUACUGUUUAUGAAGGGCGACCCAGAGCAGCCUAUGUGCGGUUUUUCACGAGGAGUCGUGAAGAUCCUCAGCGCUUUCGAUAUUCCACCCGAAAAGUUCAAGACAUAUAAUGUCCUUGAGGAUCUAGAGCUCAGGACCGGAAUUAAAGAAUUUUCGGAAUGGCCAACCAUUCCGCAACUGUAUGUGAACGGGGAAUUUGUAGGUGGGAGCGACAUUGCUCUAAGCAUGUUCCAAUCGGGAGAGUUGGAAACGCUUCUCGAGCAGCAUGGUGUUAUUCCGAAGGCGUCGGAUUCUCCCUCUCAGUCAUCGUCAUGAAUUGGUACCUGAUCUCGACAUGUUACUCCUCGCAUACCUUAGAUAUUAACUUAUCAUCACUACUCAUCAAGCAUUGUGGCAAUUCGGUCAACAUCGUAAAUCAUCAGCGUCAAGUCCUGGUCCUCGACUUUUGCAUUUCUUAAUCAUGUUUCGUCUUUGCGUCAACAACAGCCCCGAAGAUGCCCCGUACAAGACAGAGGUUGGAUAUUAUUCCCGGGAUUUAUUGGAUGAGAGAGAUUUCAUGCAAAUCGGAGGGUUGUCAAUGAAACCCCACUUCUGACAUGCAGCACUUAACGCUUGAGCUACCUCGACGAUGGAGGGAUUUUGAUUCGGUGGUGGAAGUCGGAAAGGCGUCUAUGACUACGUGUUCCACAGUUAAGUUGCAUCAUAAAGUAUCUGCAGGUUGUCUGUCUAUAUCUAUUCAUGAUCUAGGUAUUAUCAAGAAACUCGUUUGCCGUACGACUUAGACCAACAGCCCGA